UCGAACCAAAAAACAGAGAGUGAAAAGGUGAAGUUCCCUCUCUCACUGGGGACUAAAAACCCUAGCCUCGAGUCAUCUAUGGCGUCGAUGCUCUCGGGUGAUAUCCCUCCGAAUCAAACGAUUUACAUAAAAAAUCUCAAUGAAAAGGUGAAAAAAGAAGAGCUGAAAAGAUCUCUAUAUGCUUUGUUCUCUCAAUAUGGAAGAAUUUUGGACAUAGUGACCCUGAAAACGGCGAAACUCCGCGGCCAGGCAUGGGUGGUAUUCAGCGAAAUUACCGCCGCAAGUAGCGCAGUUCGCCAAAUGCAAAACUUUCCGUUCUAUGAUAAGCCAAUGCGAAUACAAUAUGCGAAAACGAAAUCAGAUUGUGUUGCAAAGGCAGAAGGAACGUAUGCUCCGAGAGAGAAGAAGAAGAAGCAAGAAGAGAAAGCUGCUGAGAGGAAACGACGGGCUGAGGAGGGACAGCAAUCUAGUGGUCCAAAUGCUCAAAGUAAUGGAGGCCUUUCUGCUUCUCAAGCCUCGCGCCAAGGCAAGCCAGGUUCACAAGAAGCUGCUGCUGCCCCAAACAACAUCCUUUUCAUCCAAAACCUGCCUCACGAGACAACGAGCAUGAUGCUGCAGAUCCUUUUCCAACAGUACCCUGGUUUCAGGGAAGUUCGGAUGAUCGAGGCAAAGCCGGGCAUUGCUUUCGUGGAGUUCGGGGACGACAUGCAGGCCUCCGUCGCCAUGCAGGCUCUCCAGGGCUUCAAGAUCACCCCGCAGAACCCAAUGGCCAUCACCUACGCCAAGAAGUGACGAUCUUUUCUCUCCUGCUGAGACAUACUUUUAUUAGUCAAAUGCAAAGCCCUCUUUACUCGGCUUUCGAAUGCUGCAACUGCCUUUUUCUUUCUCACAUUUCACUUGGAUUCGAUCCCCUCUUUAUGUGUGUAACAUUUCUCAGUUUGAGCCCAGUUUAAAUUUCCCUAGUCAUGAAGGUUCCUUACUUUUUCGUUUGAUGACCAGAUUGGGACUCUGACAUACAUGAAACAAACUUUUGACCUUGUCA